CGGAAGUUUCCGCCCAGAAAAAUAUUGCAACCACGAAGAUGAGGCGUGUGAUGACAACUGCACUUGCACGGGGAGAACUUUUCAUUGCUUUGGGAUAGCGUUGUUGUGGUCGCCGCUGUUGUGGUAUUCCAGCUUAAAGUUUCAUGGCUACGCUUCCAGCUUCGGAGCGGAGGGCGUUCGCUCUUAAAAUCAACAGACACUCCUCGGCGGAGAUCAGGAGACACUUCAGUGGGAAUCAUGGCUCUCCUCGCAACUCCCUGCAUCACCGCCACAGCUCCAGCGCUUCCGGAUCCUUCUGCUUCAGCGUACCUUCGUCCUAUGACGCUGUGGAACCUCUGGAUUUUGAAGAGUACCUUAUGACACAGCUGAGCAGUGGAGACGUGGAACUCAUGCAGGAGCUGGGAGAAUUCCCAGAUGAUGACCUGGAAGUGGAACUGGUGGACACGGAAUGUCGGACUGUCCGUCACUCCAUUCCAGAGGAGGGGGUGGAGCUGGACCCUCAUGUGCGAGACUGCGUACAGAGUUAUACACAGCCCUGGUUGAUGGUGACCAGGAGGUGUCAGACAGACGGAUGGACGGCAUAUUCAGAGCGGACAAAUCUUCAAAAACAGCUCCAGAAACAAACCUUUGAGUCAGAUAUCCUGCCCGACAAACAAGAGACGCCGGUGAAGUCCCCAUCCUUGGCUGUGCUGUGUGAUGACCCCAGUCGUACUACCCUCACCUCCUCAGACUUUGACCUGAGGGGGCUACAGCCAGACCCCCGAAUAGACAGUCUGCUUAGCUUCAGUAACCCCGAAGAUCUGGACCGCUUCAACCAGGAGGGCAGGCAGAGCAGCCGUCACCCAGAACUCUUUGCACUGUACCCGCCUGCGGACGAGGAGGACGCCGUGGAGAUCCGUCCCAUUCCCGAUUGUCCGAAAGAACACGUUGGCCACAGAAUCCUUGUCCGAUGCCAGACCAUAAAGUUCGAGAUUGAAAUUGAGCCCAUAUUCGCAACCUUGGCUCUGUACGAUCUGAAAGAGAAAAAGAAGAUCUCAGAGAACUUCCACUGCGACCUGAACUCCGACCAUCUGAAAGGGUUCCUCCGUCCCCACACCCCCAGCGUAGACGUGUCCUCGUUGGCUCGAGCGGCCAUUUUCUCAAUCUCUUAUCCCUCCCCAGACAUAUACCUGGUCAUUAAGAUUGAGAAGGUGCUUCAGCAAGGGGAAAUUAGUGAAUGUGCUGAUCCCUACAUGGUGAUGAAGGAAAGCGAUAGUGCUAAGAACAAGGACAAGCUGGAGAAGCUGAAACUCCAGGCUGAAUCUUUUUGUCAGAGGUUGGGACGGUACAGGAUGCCUUUCGCCUUCGCCACCGUCAACGUAAUGAACGUCAUCAGCACGGCCACGCUAGAUCGCGACGUGUCCGAUGCCGACAGCGUCAACGGCAAGGGGAGCAUGGAGAGGAAGGCCUACCUGCCGCGGCGUAACUCUGAGAGGUUUCUGAGUCUAGACGACCAGUACAACCUGUCAGCCUUCAAACCCGCGGUUAUCACCAUUCCCACCUUCUUCAAACAGGAGGGGGAUCGUCUGAGCGACGAGGACCUGUUCAAGUUCUUGGCCGACAUAAAGAGGUCGUCCACCUUGCAGCGUCGUGUCAAAACCAUUUCAGGGUCGGUGAAACUGGAGGUGACUCCGAUGCCAGACAUGGUGCAGGCUUGCCUCUCCCCUGAGCUUAUUCCCGUGAAACCUGUCGCCGAAAAAAGCCUACGACCAGUUAAAGAGGUGCUGGAGUUUCCCUCCAGUGAGGUCUACGUCCCACAUAGCAUCUACAGGAACCUCCUUUAUGUUUACCCACUGAGGUUGAACUUCACUAGUCGUCUGACCUCAGCACGAAACAUCACCAUUAAAAUUCAGUUCAUGAGUGGAGAGGACCCUGCCAGUGUCCUGCCUGUCAUAUUUGGAAAAUCAAGUGGCCCUGAAUUUAUACAAGAAGUCUACACCCCUGUCACAUACCAUAAUAAGUCUCCUGAUUUCUAUGAGGAGGUGAAGAUUCAUCUCCCAGCCAAGCUAACAGAGAGACACCACCUCCUCUUCACUUUCUACCACAUCAGCUGUCAGCAGAAACAGAACCAGGCUGGCAACGUGGAGAGCCUCAUUGGAUACUCAUGGCUCCCCAUUCUAAACAAUGACCGGCUUCAGAUAGGACAGUUCUGUCUGCCCGUCGCUCUGGAUCGCCUGCCUAUCAACUACUCUCUCCAUUCCCCAGAGAAAAUCCCUCCUCAGGUUCCUCCAGUCAAAUGGAUGGAGAGUCAUAAGGGUGUGUUCAGCCUGGAGCUUCAGGCAGUGUCUUCUGUCCACACACAGGACAAUCACCUGGAGCGAUUCUUCACACUGUGUCACGCGCUGGAGGGUAAGGUGACGUUCCCUAUCCGCGUGCGGGACGAGAAGAUUCCGGAGAACAAGCUGGAGCACGAGCUGAAGCUGAGCAUUAUCUCUCUGUCUUCAUCCCGACUGGAACCCCUCGUCCUCUUCCUCCACCAGGUGUUGGACAAAUUGUUCCGCCUCAUCAUGCAGCCAAUGGUGAUUGCCGGCCAGACAGCAAACCUGGCCCAGAUUGCCUUUGAGUCAGUGGUGUCAGUUGUCAACAGUCUCCACAACAGCCAGGAGCUGGCCAGGGACCAUCAGGGUAGAAAUUGUCUCCUGGCAACAUAUCUUUACUACGUUUUCCGGUUGCCAGACACUCCUCAGGAAAUUCUUAGUACAGGCCAGGAGAGCAGGUACAGCACCAUGGGCAGAGCCACGGCCACAGCGGUGGGCAGCAUGCUCCUGCAGUCCCGCGUCCGCAGCAGCAGCAACCCCGACAUCCCAGGACCUCCGACGCCGGAGGACACGGAGGUCAAGGGCAUCCUCGCUGGAAAGGGCCUGUGUAAUCCUGGCAGUCGAAUGUCCACCUUACUGGAUGUGACCCAGCACCCUCAGAGCGCCAGCGGUGGGACUCGUCCUACCAACAAAAAGCAGUUCCAUGAAGAAUUAGCACUUCAGAUGGUGGUAAGCACAGGGGUCUGCCGUGAGAAUGUCUACAAAUACGCCUGGUUCUUCUUUGAGCUUCUGGUAAAAAGCAUGGCUCAGCAUGUCUCGCAAAUGGAGAAACAGGGAAUCCCCCGCAGGAGUCGGUUCUCUGACCGCUUUAAGGAUGACAUCACCACUAUUGUCAACGUUGUCACGGCAGAAAUCGGUACCAUUCUGGUCAAGCAGCAAAAGGAACUUGAUCAAGCAGAGAAGAUGAAUAUCAGUUUGGCGUUUUUCCUGUAUGACCUGAUGUCUCUAAUGGACCGUGGUUUUGUGUUCCUGUUGGUGAAACACUACUGUAACCAAAUGUCGGCGAAGAGUGUGUCCAUGUCCACUCUCAUCAGUAUGAGGUUGGAGUUUUUGAGGAUUUUGUGCAGUCAUGAGCAUUACCUCAACCUCAGCUUGUAUUUCAGCAGCACAGCCUCUGCUCCAGCCUCCCCCUGCCCAUCCAUAUCCUCACAGAACUCCAGUUCGUGUUCCAGUUUCCUGGACCAGAAGAUUCUGAACAUGUUUGACCUGUCUCAGGAGUUCAAGCACCAGCACUUUCUCACAGGCCUGCUCCUGACGGAGCUCAGUGCUGCUCUGGACAUGGAAUCAGAGGGAGGGAAGGUUCAGAGGAAAGCAAUUAAUGCUACAUACAGUCUGCUGUGUGCCCACGACCUGGACCAGCGCUGCACGCGACCUGAGGUUCGAGCAAAGAUUGCUACUCUUUACCUCCCCCUGGUGGGCAUCAUCAUUGACUCCAUCAACUGCUUAGACUUCUCAGUGUCUGAGUCACGCAGCAGCAAGGGCAAGUCAUCCGGACCAGAGGAUGACGCUGACAACGUCACUCCCAUCAAUCAGUCUGUUGCCAUGGCAAUCGCUGGAAACCCCUUCGGCACCUUGGCGAGGAAUGCGUUGGUUUCCAUGGCAUCUAUGUCCAGUAAAACCAGCGGCUUGUUGACGGCCGAAACCAGUAGGAACCUACUGGUAUGUUUUCUGUGGGUGAUGAAGAACGCGGAUCAGAGCCUCAUCCAGCGCUGGACGGUGGAUAUGCCCUCCUCCCAACUCAACCGUCUGCUGGAGCUGCUCACCAUCUGUGUGUCCUGCUUUGAGUACAGGGGGAAACAGAGCUCAGAUAAGGUGAGCACACAGGCCUUACAGAAAUCCCAGCAGGCUAAAGCACGUCUGGAGGAGGCUCUGUUGGGAGGAAUGGGAGCCCGUGGAGAGAUGAUGAAGAGAGUAGGAGGUAAUGACCGGACACUGGGCCAGAGAGAGAACCUGCGUUGGAGGAAAGAUCUCACACAGUGGCGUCAGACAAAUGACAGACAUGACAAAUCAAAAGCUGAACUUGACCAGGAGGCCAUCAUCAGUGGGAAUUUGGCCACUGAAGCAAACCUCAUUGUCUUGGACUUGCUAGAGACCAUUAUCCAGGCCGUGCCUCUAGCUGACUGUAAAGAUAACGUUGUUGGAGGUGUCCUGAGGGUUCUACUUCACUCUCUCACCUGUAACCAGAGCACCACCUACCUGUCCCACUGCUUCAGCACACUCCGCUCUCUCAUCGUUAAGUUUGGGGACCUGUUGUUUGAGGAGGAGGCAGAGCAGUGUGCAGACCUCUGUCAGAAAGUGCUUCAGUGCUGCAGCAGCUGUGUGGACGGCAACCGGAGCCAAGCCUGCGCUACACUCUAUCUCAUUAUGAGAUACAGUUACAGCUCAGCUAGUAAUUUCUCACGGGUGAAGAUGCAGGUCACCAUGUCGUUAGCCUCUCUGGUGGGCAAGUCCUCCGAUGUCCGUGAGGAGUAUUUACGACGUUCCUUUCGAACGAUUCUAGCCUACGCUGAGGAAGAUGCAGAGAUGCAGUCCACACAGUUACCUUCUCAGGUGGAUGAAUUGCUGCGGAAUCUGAAUAGCAUUCUGUCCGACACGGUGAAAAUGAGAGAAUUUCAGGAGGAUCCAGAGAUGCUUAUGGAUCUUAUGUACAGGAUCGCUAAGGGUUACCAGACUUCACCGGAUUUGCGGCUGACCUGGCUACAGAACAUGGCUGAGAAACACAACACCAAAAAGUGCUUCACUGAGGCAGCCAUGUGCCUGGUACACGCUGCGGCCCUGGUGGCUGAAUACCUGAGCAUGCUGGAGGACCACAAGUACCUUCCCAUAGGAAGUGUCACCUUCCAGAACAUCUCUCCCAACGUGCUGGAGGAGUCCGCCGUGUCGGAUGACAUCCUGUCCCCUGACGAGGACGGGGUGUGCUCCGGCCGUUACUUCACAGAGAGCGGCCUCGUGGGUCUUCUGGAGCAAGCCGCAGAACUGUUCAGCAACGGAGGGUUGUAUGAGGCUGUGAAUGAAGUCCACAAGAUCAUCAUACCCAUCCUGGAGGCUCAGAGAGACUUCCGGAAACUAACAUCUACCCACGACAAGUUGAAAAGGGCUUUUGAAAACAUCAUUCAUAAGGGUCAUAAGAGAAUGUUCGGGACGUACUUCCGUGUGGGGUUUUACGGCUCCAAGUUCGGAGACCUAGAUGAACGAGAGUUCAUUUAUAAAGAGCCAGGGAUCACUCAUCUCCCAGAGAUUUCCCACCGGCUUGAGAACUUUUAUAGCCAGUGUUUUGGAGAAGGUAUACUGGAAAUGAUAAAGGACUCUACUCCUGUUGACAGGAACAAACUGGAUCCCAAUAAGGCGUACAUUCAGAUCACCUACGUGGAGCCUUACUUUGAUGACUACGAGAUGAAAGAUCGUCAGACCAACUUUGAAAAGAAUUUCAACCUCCGUCGCUUCAUGUAUACCACACCGUUCACCAAGAGCGGCAAACCACGUGGCGAACUGAGUGAGCAGUACAAGAGAAAGACCAUCCUUACCACCAUGCAUGCUUUCCCCUAUGUUAAAACCAGGAUCAACGUCAUCCAGAAAGAGGAGUUUGACCUCACGCCUAUUGAGGUGGCCAUUGAGGACAUGCAGAAGAAAACUCGAGAGCUGGAGGUGGCCACACACAGAGAGCAGCCUGAUGCCAAAAUGCUGCAGAUGGUUCUUCAGGGUUCUGUCGGAGCCACGGUCAACCAGGGACCCUUAGAGGUGGCACAAGUCUUUUUGAAUGAAAUCCCGGCGGACCCCAAACUCUUCCGCCAUCACAAUAAACUACGUCUGUGCUUCAAAGAGUUUAUAAUGCGCUGCGGUGAGGCCGUGGAGAAAAACAAACAUCUCAUUGCCGCCGAUCAGAAGGAAUAUCAGCAGGAACUGAAGAAGAACUAUAAUAAGCUGAGGGAGAGCUUGCGACCCAUGCUGGAGAGGAAGAUACCUGAGCUGUACAAACCCAUCGUCAAAGCUCGUCUUGAGAGCAGGGACUCCGUUAAACGGCUUAGCUUCAGACGAACUCAGGAAGAGAGUACGUGAUCCUCAAAUUGAAACCUCAUUGCUGUCACACGGCAACCAAGACGCCUUCAAGAGGAGGAGAAGUGGAAAGCACCACACACACACACACACACACACACGAGUGUUUAUCCCUGUUGUACAAACACUUUGAGGACUUGGAACAUUCAGUUUCAGUGUUACAGACUGAGAAUUGCCCUGUUAGCUACACCGCACCUGCCUACAUUCUGUGUGUUUCAUGGUCAGUUCAGUGAAUUCAUGCAACAUUUAUCAUAUUUCAGCAUAUUUUUUUUAUCCCAUUAUAAAACUCAAAAGGAACAUUUUUACUGUAUUCUGUCCUACAAGGCCUAGAUUUUAAUACUUGUUCUGUUGCCCUUUCAAAUGGUUUGAAUCAUUCUAGAAUGACAUUCCGACCUCUUCUCUGGAAUUGAGUAGUUUAUUGUUUUUGGAGCUUCAGAGUUUCUUAUGACCAAAUCCUGUCAGAUAAGAGUCUGGUAAAAUCCAGGGGGACUGAAAAGACAAGCGUUUUAUGCCAACAAGUUGUUUGGACACUGUAUAUAUUAACUUAGUUUCAUUACUGUCAAUUUCUGUUUCAUUCCGAUAAUUUGAAGAACAUAUAUUAGUCUAUAUCUACAAGUGUAGAUUCACCACCUCCUAGGAACAGCUCUUGCUU